CACAAGCACCUAAAUGGGACGGAUGCACCCUAGCCCCCAAACCCUAAUGUGUUUUAGGGUGAGGGGUCUGGCCCUUGGGGUUCAGGGCAGGUCAUGGAGGAAUUGGGGUUCUGGGCUGUCUCCUUCCUGCUGAGAGGAACUGGGCAGGCCAGGCUGACAGGUCCGGCAGCAUAGCUGAGCUGACACUCAUCUCCAGCAUAAAACCCCACUUCAUGGAGCCCCGAACAUCCUAGCGCUCACGGAGCUCCAGCCACCACUGUCCCCUGCCCGGUGGGCAAUCCAGCCAGGCUGAGACCAUGAGGCGGGUGCCAGCUUUGGCCCUGCUCCUGCUGCUGCUGCGGUUUGGAACUCAGGGGACUGAGGCAUUAAGUGCCUGUGGGCGUCCUCGGAUGCUGAACCGGAUGGUGGGCGGGCAGGAUGCCUUGGAGGGCGAGUGGCCAUGGCAGGUCAGCAUUCAGCGAAAUGGAAGCCACUUCUGUGGGGGCAGCCUCAUCACAGAGCGGUGGGUCCUCACCGCAGCACACUGCUUCUCCAACACCUCUGAAACAUUGCUGUACCAGGUCCUGCUGGGGGCGCGGCAACUGGUGAAGCCGGGGCCACAUGCCAUGUACGCUGGGGUGAAGCGAGUGGAGAGCAACCCCCUGUACCAGGGCAUGGCCUCUAGUGCCGAUGUGGCCCUGGUGGAGCUGGAGGCGCCCGUGACCUUCACCGAUUAUAUCCUCCCUGUGUGUGUUCCUGACCCAUCGGUCAUCUUUGAGACAGGCAUGAACUGCUGGGUCACCGGCUGGGGCAGCCCCAGUGAACAAGAGCGCCUACCCAACCCACGGAUCCUGCAGAAACUUGCAGUGCCCAUCAUUGACACGCCCAAGUGCAACCUGCUCUACAGCAAAGACGCCGAGUCCGGCUUCCAGCCAAAAACCAUCAAGGAGGACAUGCUGUGUGCAGGCUUCGCCGAGGGCAAGAAGGACGCCUGCAAGGGAGACUCAGGGGGCCCCCUGGUGUGCCUUGUGGGCCAGUCGUGGAUGCAGGCUGGGGUGAUCAGCUGGGGCGAGGGCUGCGCCCGCCGGAACCGCCCAGGCGUCUACAUCCGGGUCACCUCUCACCAUAAUUGGAUCCAUCGCAUCAUUCCCAAACUGCAGUUCCAGCGGGCUAGGUCAGGUGGCCAGAAGCGGGGCUUCCGGGGCCAUCAGCUCCCCAGUAGGAACUUAGCGCCCUGCCUGGCAGCCCAUGCCAUCCUCCUGGUCCUCAUUGCCCCGCUCACCUUCCUCUGAACCUCACUGAGGCCGGUGGCGCAGUGGAGCCCCGGGGCCCAGGGUGUACAUUUGUAAAUAGCUCCCCAAUUCUCCCUUCUCUCAAGUGCUCACUUUUUAAAUUUAUGUUCAUGAGCCAAUAAAAACCCAACCUCAGUGCUGGCUCCCUGAGCAUGGACUCUCAGGUGAAGGAGUCGGGGUGGAGAGGUGCUGGAUGUGAUGGUGCCGGAGGGGAUGGCGCUGAGGAGCUGUGAGUUGGGGGGUCAAUGUUGGGUGGGAAAUUAGAGGGCAAGGCUCCCCAGUGGAAGGGAACUACAGCAGGCACGCUGGAGGCUGGACAUCACUGAGUCUAGGGCCUCCUUGUCUCCUGUGACAUCUGUCACCAGACCCCCUCACAGGUGGCUUCCCUGCUCCCACCCCUGCCUCAGUGUCCUUGCCAACGUGGUCCUCACCACAAGUGUUGCCAAGGGGUGCCCUGUGUUGGGCACUGGGGGCAGUGACAGACACUAGUAGGGGCCCUGGGGGAGGGUCCAGGAGGGCCCUGCGGAGUGUUGGGGAUCACAGCC